AUGUCCUACCUGGCAGCUCCGAUGAGCAUGCCGAAUGUAAAUCCGGUCGAUCCUCUUCAUGUUCCUUUAUUACCGAGCGACGAAGGCGUCUUCAGUCAAAGUAUGGGCAGCCAUGCCGCGCUCAAACGCUUUCCAAACGGGUUCGAUGAUCCUUUCUCGGAUGCGAUGAGUGGGUAUGAACCACCUGUUCAAGCAGAUCAAGCGAACGGUCCGGAAAGUCCGUCCAUAGAGCAAGGACACAAAUUAUUAAGUUUCUCGUUACCAACGUACAACUGCGGUGUCCUCGACUAUACGUGUCGAGGCAUGACAAUGAACAUGUCCGCGCAGUUGCAUGGAAUGUUCUUCCUAGCCGAGUCUCCGUGGGCGCAGCCUGGGGAAGCAGGUCCACAGCCUACCGAGCUGACCUGCUAUCGGCGGAAUUUAUUUCAAAUCACCGGCAGCAUUACGCUUCCGAGGGGUCUACGGUACGCGGUCACGGAGCAGGGUGAGCGAGUGCAGAUUAUAGGGCAGGAGUUGUCCGUUUCCGCAACCGAGUCGGUGGAAGGGAACCCAGUCAAGAUCAUAUCCGUCCCAUGGAAGACGCCGGCAUCCGCCAAUCCUUCAGUUGUUGAAGAUAAGACCGAGAAAGAGCCUCAAUCAAUACCAUUAGACCUCAUGGCAGGCCAAGAAAUCGACGCGGACUUUGUCUCCUUCCCUAUCGCCUGGAAACGUCUCCAAUUCCGCAUCGCGACAGCCAACAACGGUCGACGGAAAGAACUUCAGCAACACUUUGUUGUGCACCUGAAGGUCAUCGCAACAUUAUCCACCGGCGCUCGCAUCAGUCUCUGCGAAGUCCGGUCUGGCGCCAUCAUCGUCCGCGGCCGCUCACCGCGAAACUUUCAAUCGCGCAAAGACUUCCCCAUCGGUACCUCUGCUGCCGCCAGCGCUGCUCGGAAAGCUCACAGCCAGGCAGGCGCUGCGUCGAGCAGUCAUCACCAACAACCUUCUCACGCCGAUACUGUUGAAUCUACUGGCAGUAUAACCAGUACCCAACAACAUCAACCGACCCACACUCGUCCUCCCAAUCACCUCUCCCUUCCACAAAAUCAAAAUCCUAGUCUCCCUUUCCAGUACGACCCAAACGGUACCCCCAAUCUCCAAAUCACACCGGAAUUUUUCGAAUGGAAGACCAUGCUGGCCUCCAGCGGUGGCGCCAUGACUGCCCUCCCUCCUGACGUCCCUGCCUUCUGUCACCACAACGCCGAAGCAGUCUACGCACGCUCAUCCCCCGACCUUCUACGCUACAACCUACCCCGCGGCAUGUCACACCUAAAUACUCCGAUCAAACUCAGCCUCGACGACGAAGCCGACGGAGCGACCGACGGACGGAGCACUUCCAUCAAGUCCCCACUAAACCUAUCCUCAGGAGUUCUCAAACAGCAAUUACAUUCCCAACAUCACAGCCAAGCGCAGAUGCAAGCCAACAUCCACACCACAUCGGGGCAGAAGCCACCGAAACUCGCCCGCGCCCCGUCAUUUUCGUUGAAUCACCUGUCAUCGCCGGACGAGUCGGCCGAUCUGCUGUACGAGUAUUUCCCGCUGGGCCUGGACGAUUGGAUGCCGCCGGUGGACGCGGUGUACCGGCCGCAUGUGGUGCAUCACACGAACUUACCGCCCGAGAUGAAGACGGUGGGGAGGAGCGUGAGAAGUAAGAGGUAUUUUUCGGAAGAUGUGGCGAGCUGA